ACGGCCAGAUCUUGUAUGGACCAUGUUAAGGCGACCGAGGCAGAUUUAGAAUACCUGCGAGAUGAUCCGCCAUAUCCUGAAAAAGCUGCUUGCAUCAUCAAAUGCCUGUUGGAAAAGGUUGGUAUAGUAAAGAACAAUAGAUACUCGAAGGCUGGGUUCAUGACGACCGUAACUCCUUUAGUGUUCAAGAACAAAAAGAAGCUGGAGCACAUGAAGACUGUGUCUGAAAAUUGCGACAAAGAGGUCAACCAUAGCACAGAAACUCCGUGUCAACUUGGGAACGAAAUUACUGCUUGCAUUUUCAAAUACGCACCCGAGCUACAUUUGAAGGCGUGA